UUUCUCCCUCCUAUCCUAAUAGUAUCUCUCUGGAAUAGGAGGAGGAGGAGAGUCGGCGAUCGAUGGCGCCGCCGCCGUGCUGUUGCCUCCCCUCGCCGACUGUCGCCCCCGGAAAGGAGAAGAGAAUUAUUGCCCGAAGAGAGUUUGUGCUGAGGAGCAGUGAGCUCGCCACUCUGGCUGCCAUCUUCCACUUCAGUGGCAGCAAACCGAGGUACCUGGGCGUGCAGAAGACUCCUCCAUCUCUGGCGUUGUGCCCUGCCACCAACAAUUGCGUCUCCACUUCUGAGGAUAUCACUGACUCUAAUCACUAUGCUCCCCCAUGGAACUACAAUCCUAAAGAUAAUAAACCCAUCAGCAAGGAUGAAGCCAUGAAACAGCUCAUUCAAGUCGUGAUGGAAACAAGGCCUGACAACUUCAGUCCUCGCCUAGUAGAGAAAACUGACGACUAUGUUCGAGUUGAAUACGAGAGUCCUAUAUUCGGGUUUGUAGAUGAUGUGGAGUUCUGGUUCCCUCCUGGCAACAAAUCGAUUGUUCAGUACCGAUCAGCAUCUCGCUCAGGAUUUAUUGACUUCAACGCCAACAAGAAAAGAAUCAAGGCGCUGAGGUUGGCAUUGGAGAAAAAAGGCUGGACUUCAGAAAGCACCAUCUGAACCUCAAGGAAGCCCAGGCCCCUUUAGUAAUCUGACCGACCGAUUGCCUGGUACAGCACUCUUCCUAGCUCAUUUUCUUGGUGGAGUGGACCUGGAUAUGCAAGAGAGCAAGAACUGGUCGUGCUCUGAAACUUUGGGCCGUCAUGCUAUUGUCAGGCUGAACACAGCUAGACUAUGAAUGAGGUCUGGCAGCAGAGUGGCACCCAAGAACCAGAGGCAGUGAGAUUAAGUUUACUAGUGGUGGUCAGUAAUUGUUUGUGAAUUGUGAGGUUCCGGCCUAUAUAUUGAGCGGUCAUGCUUGCUCUUCCCUUUGGUGUAGUGAGUAACCUAACCAAAACAAAACUAAACUUUGGGUGCUGGCCACGCAAAGUGGGAUCCUAAUUGGCCCAUGUUAGCAUUGCAAAACAGAUGAGAUAGAUCUAGCUAGGAACACAUUACAUCAAAAGCAAGCCACAUGCUUAGUCAGUAGUAGCAUAUAUGCAUCUGAAUCUGGUUGACCCUCUCUCCUCUAGAGAGAUUGUGUCUUUUUGGGUUGCAUUC